AUGCGAAAUAUCAAAUGUGUGGUGGUCGGUGAUGGUGCUGUCGGCAAGACGUGCUUGCUGAUUUCGUACACGACCAAUGCCUUCCCUAGUGAAUAUGUGCCGACUGUAUUUGACAACUACACCGCCAAUGUUAUCGUCGAUGGUGCACCUGUCAAUCUGGGCCUGUGGGAUACGGCUGGCCAAGAAGAUUACGACCGUCUGCGUCCUCUGUCGUACCCCCAGACGGAUGUGUUCCUGAUCUGUUUCUCGAUUGUGAGCCCAUCGAGUUUUGAAAAUGCCAAGACCAAGUGGUGGCCGGAGGUGUCGCACCACGCCCCGGAUACCCCGAUUAUUCUUGUGGGCACGAAGCUGGACUUGCGAGAGGAUCCUGAGAUGAAUGCGCGAUUGCGGGAGCGACGGAUGCAGCCGAUCACCUACAGCCAAGCCGUACAGAUGGCAAAGGAAAUCCGCGCAGUAAAAUACCUCGAGUGCUCGGCCCUCACGCAAAAGGGUCUCAAGGGCGUGUUUGACGAGGCCAUUCGCUGUGUCCUGUCCCCCGCACCCAAGAAGCGACGAAAGGCGAACAACUGCCUUGUUUUGUAA